CCUGGAGGUGCCUCCCCGGGGCUGGUCCGUGUCACUGCAUUCCAGGGACACAUGGCAGGACUUGGCUGGCUGCGACUUUGUGCUGGACCUAAUCAGCCAGACUGAGGACCUGGGGGACCCAGCUGCUCCCCACAGCUACCCCAUCACUCCUCUUGGCUCAACCGAGGCCAUUCCCCUUGCCCCUGGCAUCCAGGCCCCCUCACUGCCCCCAGGACCCCCUCCAGGUCCAGCCCCAACGCUGCCCAGCAGGGACCACACAGGGGAGGUCCAGAGAUCAGGGAGCCUGGACGGCUUCCUGGACCAGAUCUUCCAGCCAGUGAUGUCCUCCGGCCUCAGUGAUCUGGAACAAAGCUGGGCUCUGAGCAGCCGCAUGAAGGGAGGGGGCGCCGUUGGGCCCACGCAGCAGGGGUACCCCAUGGUGUACCCAGGAAUGAUUCAGAUGCCUGGAUACCAGCCAGGCAUGGUCCCUGCACCCAUGCCCAUGAUGCCAGCAAUGGGCACAGUCCCUGCCAUGCCAGCCAUGGUGGUGCCGCCGCAGCCGCCGCUUCCCAGCCUGGACGCAGGGCAGCUGGCCAUCCAGCAGCAGAACUUCAUCAACCAGCAGGCACUGAUCCUGGCCCAGCAGAUGACAGCUCAGGCCAUGACCCUGUCCCUGGAGCAGCAGACGCAGCAGCAGCAGCGGCAGCGGCAGGCUCGGGCCUCCGAGGCGGCGUCCCAGGCCUCACCCUCAGCCAUCACCUCCAAGCCCAGGAAGCCCCCCACACCCCUGGAGAAGCCACAGCAUGACCUGGAAUCAGAGGGUGGCUGCCUGAGGGAGACCUCCGAGGAGGCUGAAGACAGGCCCUGUCGGCCCAAGAGCUUCCAGCAGAAACGGAACUACUUCCAGAAGAUGG